ACUCGCGAACGCGCAAGACAGCUGGCUAGAGAUUACAAGUAAGGUUUAUUAUGAGGUCCUGGACAAGACACAGACUUUUAAACGUGGAACAAAGUGCCUUCUUGUUCUUUCUGAGGGUUUGAGGUUAAAUCAGGAAAAUAUUUCCUUGACCUGGGAAUAAAACUGGAUUAUUUUUAAGAUGAUUUGUCUCUCUGCUUUAAGGCGUCUAUGAGCAGUGGAAGCCAGGCGUCAUGUGAUCUCUGGGAGCACGUGAUCGCCCCCCGUAGGAGCCAGGAUGCCUGUGCAGGCGGCGCAGUGGACAGAGUUCCUGUCCUGCCCCAUCUGUCUGAACGAGUUCAACGCUGGUGGACACAAACCCAUCAGCCUGGGCUGCUCCCACACCGUGUGUAAGACGUGUCUCCACAAACUACACCGUAAAGCAUGUCCUUUUGACCAGACCUCCAUCAGCAUCGACAUCGAGCUGCUGCCAGUUAAUCGUGCCCUGCUGCUGCUGUUGGGGGCGCAGGUUCCUGAAAGCCAGAGUGUGUGUCUGGGCAGCACUGAAGACGCACAGCAUUAUGAAAUGUGCAGGACGUGUGUGGAGGAAUUGGCACUUUACCUCAAACCCAUCACUGGGGGAAAAGGCGUGGUGUCUCAGGUUGCGAGCGCGCUCAGUCGGCCCAUGCAGAGGAAGCUGGUGACGCUGGUGAACUGCCAGCUGGUGGAGGAGGAGGGCCGGGUGAGGGCGCUGCGGGCGGCUCGCUCUCUGGGAGAACGUACCAUCACCGAGCUCAUCCUGCAGCACCAGAACCCUCAGCAGCUCUCCGCCAACCUGUGGGCCGCCGUCAGGGCGCGUGGGUGUCAGUUCCUCGGACCUGCGAUGCAGGAGGACGCCCUGAAGCUUGUCCUGCUGGCUCUCGAGGACGGCUCGGCCCUCUCUCGCAAGGUUCUGGUGCUCUUUGUGGUGCAGAAGCUGGAAGCUCGGUUCCCUCAAGCCUCCAAGACGAGCAUCGGUCACGUGGUGCAGCUUCUGUACCGCGCCUCCUGCUUUAAGGUGACGAAGCGUGACGAAGACUCGUCACUGAUGCAGCUGAAGGAGGAGUUUCGCACGUACGAGGCUUUGAGACGUGAACACGACGCUCAGAUUGUCCACAUCGCCAUGGAGGCGGGGCUACGCAUCUCUCCCGAGCAGUGGUCCUCUCUGCUGUACGGAGACCUCGCCCACAAAUCACACAUGCAGUCCAUCAUAGACAAGCUUCAGUCCCCAGAAUCCUUUGUGAAGAGCGUUCAGGAGCUGACGAUCGUCCUGCAGAGAACCGGAGACCCGGCAAACCUCAACAUCCUCCGAGCUCCGCUUGAACUUCUGGCUGGAAUCGACCAGAACCUGGACUCAGCCGUCCCCUCGUGGGAGGAGCUCGAGUCAGUGAUGUUGGCGGUGAAGGUGGUGGUCCACGGACUCGUUGAGUUCAUUCAGAAUUUCAGCAAAAAGAGUCACGAGACCUUUCCUUCUCAGCCCAAUAGUAAAUACAAGACCAGCAUGUGCAGAGACCUGCGGCAGCAAGGAACCUGCCCACGAGGUGUUAACUGCACCUUCGCCCACACCCAGGACGAGCUGGAGAAGUACCGAAUGAGGAAUAAGAAGGUCAGUUCAGGAACCAGGCCGUCUCUCCUGUCCAAAACGGGUGCAGUGAAAUCCUCAGGUGUAGACGUGUGUGUCUGUGAGCAGGAGGGCGUGGCCUCAGAGAGCUCCUCCCCCACUCACCUCGUGCCCAGAGGAGGAGAGCAGGAGCAGGAGGAGGUGGUGAUGAAGGAGCUGGCUGAUGGAUUCAGAGCUACCAACCAAGAUCUGAAAACAGGUUCUCCUCCUAAGAGCCCAGUGUCAGGAGGUUCUGCAGACCCCUCAGUGCUCCUCAAACCCUCUGCUCUACCACAGAGAGCUCACCACGAGGUCCCCUACUUUCCUGAACAGAGAUCUGCCUACGACUUGCCGUCCUGCCCGUCUGGUAAUUUUUUCCCUGCUACUGUGUCAAACUCUCACAAACAUUACUUACCUCGCUUCCCUCGCUCAAGCCCCGCCUCUGACUCCUCGGCCCCGCCUCCUCUGGCUCCGCCCUACCCUGACCAGCCCCUCCAAUCUCGUCUAGGUCUGUCUCCGUAUCCGGCCUCCCCCCCUUACCCACCCCUCCCUCACUCGCACCCCCACGGUCACGGCGUCUACGCUCCCGUCUACGACAGCCGACGUCUCUGGAGGCCUCAGCUGUACCACAGACAGGACGGCCGGAGCAACUCUCUCCCUCUGGAGGUGCUGCACUCGUCCAUCUAUCAUCCCCCUCUCCGUGAGCGCUUCAACUCUCUGGACAGCGCCUACUGCAGCGCCUCCAACAGGCGAGCCGCCCUGCACAGGGAGGCGUAUGGCCGAGCUGCUUUGGGCUCUGAGGAUUUCUACACUCUCCGGCAGGAUCAGUGGUCACAUCAACACCACGGCUCAGGCCGAGUGGCACAGCAUUCCCCUGUCUUUACUGUGGAUCUCUGCUCUGAGCGUGUGGACAGUGGGGUGUGUGUGAGCUGUAAAUGUGGAGGUGCAGACACGCCGCUCAGUCGUUACUCACCGUGGUCAUGUGGCGCCGUCGGGCCGUUUGACUCUGAACCUCUUUAUUCUCACACCUGUUCCCAACACAUGGACGGUGAGUGUACAGCUAAACGCUGGCUGCAGGUUUCAGAGCCGUACAGACGUGUGAAGGACGAGGACCCCAUCAUCCCGUUCGGAGAAGGUCCCAUCAUCUCAAAGUGGGGAGCGAUUUCCCGCUCAUCUCGCACAGACCACCACACCACUGAACCUGUUCAGGCCACAGCAACACACGGACGCACAGCCACCACCACGCUCAUCAACUUCAGAGAUUACAACUCUCAUGCCACACCGGGCGAGUGCCAGUGGAGUCUGUGUGGGUUUGAGUCGACUCGCUCGGGGUUCCUAGGAAGCGAGCAGAGACGCAGCUCCUUCAGCACCGCCGGGAAACACCGAGCCGAGUUCCUGGUUGGAGACGGAACAGAGAGCGAACCGGACCGGGACAUUGAGCUGGAGCUGUGUGCUCUACACGUGGACGACUUGGAACCAGCAGGGAUCCAGUCAGAGGUAUCUUUGGAGCCUCGGUGUGAAAAUCACCUCUCUGGUGUGUUUAGCGAUGCGGGCGGAAGCUCACGGACAGCACAGUCGUUACCUGAGAGCGUGGACACACAUUUACUGAAGAAGAUGGCCUUUCGGAAGUCCCUCUCCCCUGGGGGCCUGAACGCUGGAGGUCUCACCGUGGGGAGUCUGGUGAUGAAGACGGGUUCACCGAGACAUCCAGGAGACUCCACCGGACCGAACCCUGGACCUGAGAUGAUUCUGAACGGGAGCUAAAAAAAAAAAUGCAGUGUUUGAGUCUGGUCAUGUCUCUUGGCACUGAUCCACAUCUAUUUUUUUAUAUUAUAAAGCCUUUGCUUCCCCAAUUUAUUCCCAAAUAUCUGGUAAUCGUACGUCAACCCCCUUUUUUUUUUUUCUUUUAAAGACUCAAAUUUAAAAAAAUUAUGCAUCUUUUUUUUUUCCUCAAUUCUUAAAUUAUUUAUUUAUUUUUUUUUUGGCUUUUUAAAUUUCUGCACGUUGCGUCCACACGUCAUCUCAGGUUCACCGGUCUGCCGAUCAGAUUCCUGCGAUUACACUUCCACUGAUGAUGAUGAUGAUGAUGGUGUUUGUGAUGAGUUUGUGCUACUGCACUUCCUGUCUGUAGGUUUCUAUAUUUCUGCUACACAUUUACAGUGAGUGAGAGUGAAGCCUGGUGCUCACUGAAGCCUGUUACAGCUCCUACAUCCUGCUGCAGACCUAAUGACUCGGCUACAUGCAUGAAAAUCUGAGUGGGAGGUUUUUUUUCUUUGGUUUAUAUUUUAUUAGGUUUUUUUAAUGAACUGAAUGCAUGAAUGCCUAUGAAGUGAUAUAGGGUCUGUCUCUCUCUCUUUCUCUCUGUCUCUCUCUCUCUCUCUCUGUCUCUCUUUCUCCAUAACUCUCUCUCUGUCUCUCUCUCUUUCUCCAUAACUGUCUCUCUCUCUCUCUCUUUCUCCAUAACUGUGUCUCUCUCUCUCUGUCUCUCUCUCUCUGUCUCUCUCUCUCUCCAUAACUCACUCUCUUUCUCCAUAACACUCUCUGUCUCUCUCUCUCGCUCUCUGUCUGUCUGUCUCUCUCUCUCUCUUUCUCCAUAACUCUCUCUCUCUCUUUCUCCAUAACUCUCUCUCUCUCUCUCUCUCUCUCUCUCUCUCUCUCUCUCUCUCUCUCUCUGCCCUGACUUGUGUCCUAAACGCAUCGACGUUUGUCUCAAGCUGUCCCAUAACCUGAGAGUCUAAAAAAAGGGGCAUGUUUUAUGCUUUUAGGACCUUUUUUUUUCUUCACUUUUCUCAAUUCCAGACGAGAAGAAAUGAAUUUCUCAGAGGAAUCAGUGUCCGCUUGAUGUAAGCGCUGUGUUUUGCAGCCUGUUAAACGUAUCGCGUCGAACGAUACGACGCACGCUGUCGUUACAGCCGCACCGUAUAUAAACCUUAAAAAUACUUCGGUUAAUGAUAUUUAGCUGAAAUGCUGAUAGUUUGAUAGAUAAUCAUCAGGGAAUGCAGGACAUGUAGUGGGCGGGGCUUGUUCUGUAUCUGCUCACUGUGCGUUCUGUCCAGUUCUGCGCUCUCGUCACGGUUCUAUCACGCUGGUGGUGUUCGACAGUCCGUCUCUGUAACAAUCUGACCUUCGCCUCAUGAGAUCGCUCUGAGCUGUGAAUCUGUUUGUCCGGGAAACUCCAGCUAGACUAAUUAGACGAAUAUAUAUAUAUUGUGUUCUAGUGGACACACAGAAGUAAUAAACCAGGUCACGCUGCUCGCCCGUGCUUCAGCAGACCGCGUCUUGUUUCACGCUUUGUGUCCGGCGUUACUUUCGCUGGGGGGGGGGAGAGUAAACACCCCUGUCUGAUCCUCGUGUUUGAAUGCGACAUCGCUGCUAACUUCCGUGAAGUUGUGUGCCGAAGUAUUUUGUAUCAGGAAUCUCUUAAUUUUUCCUUUUGUUUCGGUCACUGGAAAUAAACCGAACCUCCGGCUCUGUAUUCGCUGUUUAAGCUGGAGGUCGUUGGAGCGCCGGGUGAUGAGCAGAUCUCCUGAAACGGGUCGUCGUCUUCUGCAGUCUUGUGCACUGAACCGUUUUUCUUUCCUGCCGUCCUUCACGCGGACAACGGCGAGAUCGGGGCACUUUGUGUUACGCCGCGUUAAAGGAAACGUCUCCUAUUUAUAAUAGGGUCAGUUUAGUUUUUUUUUUUUGUUGUUUUUUUCUCAUAUGUAACGUGGAUGCAGGAAUGCGGUAGGGCUUUUUGCCUAAAAUAUUGGCACCUUUUUUGUUAGACUUUACACCAGUUUUAAGGUAACUGGUGUCCCAGUGUUGAAUUUUAUUGCCUGUGUGCGUGUUUUAUUAAAAUAUAUUUAACCUCGUUUCUCUUCUUAUUUUGGCCAAGAUAUAAUAUCUAGACUUUAACGUGUUAAGCUCUAGAUAGUUGUCUGUGUUGCACGAGUGAAAACACUUCAGUACAAUAGUGUGUGCUGUGCAAAAACAAUUAAAAUAUAUCUAUUAAAAAAAGGAUGCAGGCGAAUAUUUGUACAACAGCUGUAGCUGCAUUUUCUUAGACUUUUUUUUUUUUUUUAAAGCUAUAAAAUAAUGUAUGAUAUGAUUUGUGUGUUCUCCUGCUAGAGCUUUUUACUUUUGAGUAAAGGAGGACUAGAGAUGCUGUAAGAUGAUUACUAGUAUGAUUUUUUUUUUUUUCUGGUUUCACUGCUGCAGACUGGAUUUUAUCGGAUUUGUUACAGCUUCUAAUCUUCAGCCUUCUCUAAUCUCAGCAUGAGGUUUUUUUUUAUUGUUGGAUUUUAUUCGGCGUAGGUUUCUGUUUAUCCUCUUACUGUGAUUUGUGAUGGAUCAGCUCGACUCUUGAGUCUCACCUGCACGCUGCUUUUAUAUCAAUAGUGUGUGUGUGUGUGUGUGUGUGAGAUCAUCUUCCCCGUACUGGUACUGUUAUAUACUGGAUAUUAAAUCAGUUUAUCACAAUUCUGAACAAGUCCAGAGAGGAUUAAAUAACACAAAUAACCCAGAACCACUCAGUUUAUCCCAAGACGUUACUGAUGGUUAUUAAUGAUAAUAGACGACUCCAUAAAAUUUGUGUAAAGUUUAAUCUAUAUUCGGUUAUGUUUUAAGAGAUGAUUGAUUCACGAGAAACGUGAAUUUAUUUCCUAUAUGUUGAGUUUAUGGCUCGUUCCUUUAAAAGUAAACCACAGUCAUGAUCAAUAGACAUUUGGCUGCUUUCAAGCUGGUCUUGUGUUAUCGGUUCCCGUUGACCCGGAAACGUAAACGUGAUCGUUUUUAUUUGGUAGAUUAGUGUUUGACAAGGCAAGCAUGUGAUCAUUUACCCCUUCAUCGCAAGCCUCUCUGGACCUUUUGCACGUACAAUAGUUUACUUCUGAUGAUCGCUGGUCGUGAUUGUGUGCAUUCUCACCGGGCGUGUAAAUUUAUACGUCCCUGACAGCAGCUAAUGUUGAAUAUUUUUACGUCUGUAUUAGACAUUUCCUUUGCGAAUCUAUUGUUCGAUUUAACUGUAAAUGAAAUAAAAGAUGGUACGCAUCCAUCAGUUUAUACAUGACGCCGCCAUCAUAUAGAUGGAAUUUUACUGCAGUUUUAUGAUCAGCUAUAUUUAAAUACAUAGAUAUUUAUCAGACAUUCUUAAAAAGAAGUUAUCUUUUGGUAGAAAAAUAAACGUAUUUUGAUGCACUGAACAGAUUUGCUGUUUCGUAUCUUUGCUGUUUGUGGUUUUGUACCUUUGCAAAGAUCUGAGCCGCUCUAAAGCCCAUGCUGAUGAAAAGGUUAUUAAAGGUCAUUGUGUAACUGCAUGCUGAGAUAAUAAAAAUUUGUCCUCAA